AAGAGUCAUAGAUUUGCAACACUGGAUGCAUGUGUGGCAUAUUUAUAAAUGGAGAAGUUAAAACCCAUGUAUUUGUGAAUUAUUCCUUUGGUGGAGAGAUUGAAAAAAUUCAGUAUAUAUGAUAAGAACUAAAAAUAUGCAUUUAUCAAGACAAGAAAUAAAUUUAAGAAGACUGUUGGCCAAAUGUGAGUUAAUGUGCAAGUCUAGGAAAGAAGAUGAUAGGAUAGAAAAAUAUGUAGAAACCCUGGAGGAUAUGCUCCAAGAAGUAAAAAAUUUAACUGAGUCCAGUGAAGCUAUAGCUAAUUAUAAUAGAAGAAUCGGCGCUAUCAAAAGAGCUGUGGGAAUCACAACAAAUAAAUAUGAAGAUCAAGAGGACCCAGAAAUUAUGAGAAGCAGUCUACUAGGUCUAAGACAAAGAAACGUGGUAAUAUCGUCAAAACCUGGAGUUGACGAUCUCGAUCAAAUGAUAAACUAUCAUGAAAGUGUUCAAAACAAGCUCACCGAAGAUAUGCUGCACUUGGCAAAGAGUUUGAAGGAACAGUCAGAAACUGCCAAUAAAAUUAUUAGGAAGGAUACAGAGGUAGUUGGUAGAUCAGCUCAACUAACAGAGCAAAAUUAUGCACAACUUACAAAAGAAUCCGUCACACUCGCUGAACAUUCCAAAAGAGCAUGGAAGUGCUGGAUGUGGAUUAUGCUAGCUAUUGUUGUAAUAAUCUUUAUAAAUAUGGUGCUGUUCAUGAAAGUUAUGAAAAAGAAGUACUGAAAUGAAAAUACCUACGUAUUAUCAUGGAAUUGUGAUUUAUUUAUUAAAAUGGCCAAUUAUUUGUUUUUUCAUUGAAAAA